CUACCAAGGCAAGGCGCAGAGCAGGAGUGUGUUUAGUGUUUAGUUGGUGAGGCAGUAACGUUGGCGUCCACCACGGAGCAGCCGCAACCAUCCUCGCAGCCGAGCGGCCACUCCGGGGAGGCGCAGCACCACAACAUGGCCGCCGUGUCGCGGGUCCCUACGCCACCGCCAUCAGAGAUGUCGUGCCCUGUGGCUGAAAACUGGUGCUACACGCAGGUAAAGGUGGUGAAGUUUUCCUAUAUGUGGACCAUCAACAACUUCAGUUUUUGUCGAGAGGAGAUGGGAGAAGUGUUGAAGAGUUCCACGUUUUCUGCUGGUGCCAAUGAUAAGUUAAAGUGGUGUCUUAGGGUAAACCCUAAAGGUCUGGAUGAAGAGAGUAAAGACUACUUAUCCCUGUAUCUUCUUCUGGUCUCCUGUAACAAGAGCGAGGUCAGGGCCAAAUUCAAAUUUUCUAUACUCAAUGCAAAGAGAGAAGAAACUAAAGCUAUGGAAAGCCAAAGAGCCUACAGAUUUGUCCAAGGAAAGGACUGGGGCUUCAAAAAGUUCAUUAGGAGAGACUUCCUCAUGGAUGAAGCCAAUGGUUUACUCCCAGAAGACAAACUAACUAUAUUUUGUGAGGUCAGUGUAGUGGGCGAUACAAUAAAUGUCAGUGGACAGUCCAAUUGUUCCCCUGUCAAAGUCCCUGAGUGCAAGCUCAGUGAGGACCUGGGCUCGUUAUUUGAGCGUUCUGCUUUCAGUGAUGUCAUGCUAAAUGUUGGAGGGCGAGAAUUUCAAGCACAUAAAGCUAUUUUAGCAGCAAGGUCACCAGUGUUUAACGCAAUGUUCGAACAUGACAUGGAGGAAAGGAAGUUGAAUCGAGUAGAAAUAACAGACGUAGAACAUGAAGUAAUGAGGGAAAUACUGAGGUUCAUAUACACUGGAAAGACGUCAAACUUAGAAAAAAUGGCGGAUGAUUUAUUGGCAGCAGCUGACAAGUAUGCCUUAGAGCGCCUCAAAGUGAUGUGUGAAGAGGCUCUGUGUACAAAUCUGGUUGUUGAGAAUGCAUGUGAGGUUCUCGUACUUGCAGACUUGCACAGUGCUGAACAGUUAAAAUCACAUGCAAUAGAUUUUAUAAACAGCCAUGCCACAGAUGUAAUGGACACUGCAGGAUGGAAGGCCAUGGUGACCAACUCUCCACACCUCAUUGCUGAAGCGUUUCGCGCUCUGGCAAGUCAGCAAAGCCCACCCCUCGGACCACCGCGCAAACGCAUGAAGCAGUCGUGAUGUGUGCCCGAGCCUUUCUGUGAACAUUACCAAUCUUGUCAUUGUUGCAGUCAUCCAGAAGGCAUUCUUGGUUUCCAUGUACCAAAAUCUUUCAUCA